AUGACGCCGAUGCGGUUCGCCACUGGCGUCACCGACAAUAGCAUUAACUUUCCGUCGGUGUACUCCUUAGCGCAGUGCACGCAAGACCUGUCCCCCGGCGACUGUUUGUCGUGCCUCCAUCUUUACCUGGACCAGCUCAACUUCAGCAUGUCUCUACGCAUUGGUGGACGAAUGGGUGUCACCCGAUGUUAUUUCAGGUAUGAGGCUUUUAAGUUCUACUACGGACAACCCACGCUGUUGCUUAGACCGCCAUCGUCGCCGCCGCCAGCUCUGACUCCGACAGAGGCGCCCAAACACAGGGGUCAUAUAAGCAAGCUGUUGGCGAUUCCCAUAGUCUUGGCUCCUCUAGCAGCAGCAGCAGCAGCAGCUUUUCUCUGCGUCAACUUUUUCUAUCGUCGACUCACUAGACAAAGAAGAGUGAUGAGAUUACAAGAAACAAUAUGUGUUCAGAAUUUGGAGGGAGACCAACAACUAGUUUGGCAAGGGAAGAAUUCAGAGUUAUUGGUGCUUCGAUUUGAGCCGCUACUGGAUGCCACAAAUAGUUUUUCAGAAGAGAACAAACUUGGACAAGGUGGCUUCGGUGCUGUCUACAAGGGUAAGCUUCCUGAGGGGUUGGGGAUAGCGGUUAAAAGACUUGCUUCUCAUUCAGGCCAAGGAUUCAUAGAGUUCAAAAACGAGGUACAGUUCAUAGCCAAACUCCAACAUAGGAAUCUGGUUAAACUAUUGGGAUGUUGCUCCGAAGAACCUGAGAAAACAUUGGUCUAUGAAUAUUUACCAAACAAAAGUUUGGACUUCUUCAUAUUCGAAGAAAAAAGAAGAGCUUUAUUGGACUGGUCCAAACUUUUAGCAAUAAUUGAAGGAAUAGCUCAUGGGCUUCUCUACCUACAUAAGCACUCCCGGUUGCGUGUCAUACAUCGAGAUCUAACACCAAGCAACAUCCUCUUAGACAACGAAAUGAAUCUAAAAAUUUCAGAUUUUGGGCUAGCAAAAAUAUUCAGUUCAACAAACCCCGAUGGAAACACUACAAGGAGAGUGGUUGGUACAUAUGGCUAUAUGGCUCCCGAGUAUGCUUCGAAGGGUGUCUUCUCUAUUAAAUCCGACAUCUUCAGCUUUGGUGUGGUUAUUCUCGAGAUCCUCAGCAGAAAAAGAAAUUCUCGUCGCCAACAAUGUGGAUACAUUACAUUGGAAACAGGCAUGGAAAUUAUGGGACGAGGGAAGGUGGAUUGA